AUGGGAAAUUGCAGCUCCUCCGAUUCGACUCAGGUUGCCACGGCCAAACUCGUCCUGCAAGAUGGGAGGCUUCAAGAGUUCUCCUAUCCGGUCAAGGUUUCGUACGUGUUGCAGAAGUACCCCGCCUGUUUCAUUUGCAACUCCGACGAAAUGGACUUCGACGACGUCGUUACGGCCAUCGACGAGGACCAAGUUUUGCAACCCGGUCAGCUCUAUUUUGCUCUUCCGUUGAGUUGGUUGAGGCACCCCUUGCAGGCUCAGGAGAUGGCCGCAUUGGCCGUCAAGGCCAGCUCCGCGCUCAUGAAGAGCGCCGCCGCCGACAAAUGCGGUUAUCGCCGGAAACAGAUUUUGUUCUCCGCCGAUUAUGACUCUAAGCGUGUCUCUCCGGCAGUCUCCGUUGGCGGCGGCACUGUACAUAGGUCGGGGAGAGUAAGGACCACUGGCGGCGGCGGCGGUAGGGGGAAGUUUUCGGCGUUGUUGAGUUCUAUACCGGAGUAG